AUGGAUUCCAUAUCAGAGGCCCUGGAAAAGGUACGCCUCGAGAAUCUGCCACCGAAAUCAGAGAAGAUUCAGCUACCAGAAGCUGAGGACGAGGAAAACGAAGAAUAUAUAGAAGACACAGCGCCGUUGGAUCCGUUUCCCUUCUUCGACCUUCCGUCCGAGUUACGUUUGCGCGUAUAUCACAUCCUUCUCUUUACCCCUCGCCGAAAACGAGCGCAUCUGCACACCAAGGGCAGUGUGGGAGCUUCGAAGAAAAAUCCACCACUAUCUCCGACAUCCCACCGUAUCAACCUCUUCCUUGUAUCCCGGCGUGUGCACGAUGAGGCCUCCGACUACUUCUAUACCACUCAGACGUUCCGUCUCUUCCCCUUGCAGGAUUACUCUCGAAUGCCAACAAUCAGUAUGAUACCGCCUAGAUACCGGCCCUCCAUCGCUACUAUCGAAUUAAUCCUGGGCUCCAGCUGGACAGCACCUCCCAGCUCUUGGAAAGUCAACCGCCGCCUUGGUCUGGAAGAAAUGGUUCGUGCUAAGACAUUAAAAGUGUUUAUUGAGGUCGACCCUUCGCAUCCGGUGUUUGAAGGCUUCCGGAUUUCUAAGAACUUCUACACUGAAUUUUCUGGUGGCAUACUUCGCGAUGUUCUCGCCAAAAUGCCAAGCUUAGAAUAUGUGGAGUUUGACGGGUGGCCAUCCGUCCGCAAGAACGGGGCGUUGAUGCAGCGUCUACUUCAUGAAGCCAAAGCAGCCGAAAAGAAGAUUGCUUGGGCCCCGAGCGCGGAUGGACAGACUGUGAUGAGGAAGACAUGGACAUUCCCAUGGUUUACGAGCUGA